AUUACGGUAAUAAUGAAGAUCUAUUGGNGAGAUGCUCGUGAGAAGUUAUGUGAAGCGGUUGAUCAAGUACCUCUAGACUACCUUACCCUUGGAAACAGAGGCCUUGGACCUCUCCAAAGGGUCAUAAUGGGCAGCGUCAGCAACUAUGUGAUGAAUAAUGCCACCUGUCCUGUCACUGUGGUGAAGAGUUUAGAUCACAACCAGUAGUUUCUUCAUUAAUUUUCUUCAUAAUGUAGGAAUAAUCAAACUAUUCUAUCAGGUUUUGUUGAAGACCCUACUGUGCGUGUAUUCAACUUGUUUCUGAAAUGACUUUUUCUCUGUAUAGGAAAAGGAUGUUAUAUUGAUUGUAAUACUAUUUUCAUUAUCCAAACAGAAAUAAAUAAAGAGAGAGGAGUACCAACAAUAUAAUAAUAGUGUUUUAAUACCAAUUUUUCUCUUGCACUUAUUUGGUAUUAUUCUUUCUUAUUAUUUCGGUAGAUAUUUUAUGGAAUCGAGACACUAAUAUUUUCUGACGUGGUUUUACCGUUUUUUGAUAUUUGAACUGGGUUCUUCGCUUGUCGUCUUUCCUCUUUCGCCGCUCGAUCGUCUGAAAUCUUCGAUUAUCUUUAAAGUUUGACCGCUCAGACGCCUUCCCGGUGGAGAGGGGGAGAUACCUGCAAAAAGCACUCCAACGCCCAAUCCAGGCGUGUCACUGUAGAGUAUUUUCAGUGGAGUGUGAGUAGUAUGUAUUUGGCUAUUAUGGCCUUGGCUCUCUAUUUAUAAUUUGUCGGUUUAAUACAUAUUUUUGUCCAUAUUUUCGUAGGGUAUGUUCAAAGUCGUCCUCCCUUUUUAAAAAGUUCACUAAAGUCCUACUUUUUCCAAAAAGGCUGGAACUUAGUCUUUUUUGCU